AUGGCGGACGCAGAGCUCGAGGAGAUUAGAAAAGCCCGUCUUGCACAGCUGCAGCAGCAGGGCGGUCCCAGUGGCGGCGGAAGUGACGAUGACCAGCGAAGCAAGGAAAAUGAAGCCCGUCAGUCCAUCCUGUCUCAGAUUCUACUCCCCGAAGCCGCAGACAGGCUCGGGCGUAUCCGUCUUGUCAAGGAGUCGCGUGCCACAGACAUCGAGAACAGGCUGAUUAUGCUUGCUCGGUCCGGCCAGUUGCGCCAGAAGGUCACGGAGGACCAGCUGAAGGAGCUACUCAACGCCGUGGCUGAGAAUAAGGAGGAGAAGAAGAUAGUUAUCAACCGGCGAGGCGGAUGGGAUGACGAUGACGACCUGUUGGAUCUAUAG